CUAAACGUUCUGAAAAAUAUAUUUAAAUUUAAAUAAAUAUUAAAUCCGACUAUUUACGCAAGAAAUUGGGGACGAUAUCUGACCGAGUGUUUACAGAAGAAAUUGGGACGAUGUCUGAUCAUGGAGGUGAAGAAAAUGAAGAAAAAAAUGAAGAAGACGAUGAUGAUAGAAUCAAAAACCUCGAAUUAGAACAACUACUAGCCUUACCCAACGACGAGGAGUGGGAUCUCAGCGAUUCCGAGUUUUUUAAUUUCUUUCAGGGUUGGCAAAACGUUCCUUCUCCUUCUCUACUUGCUGCUGCACCUCUUGAUAAUCAACCCAUUAUCCAUCAUCAAAACAAUCCAACUCAAGAUGAUCCCAAUUCCAAGAAGAAGCGAAGACAAGAGAGAAACAGGGAUGCUGCCUUCAGAUCUCGAGAAAGGAAGAAACUGUACGUCAAGGAGCUGGAGAUGAAGAGUAAGUACUUUGAGGAAGAAUGUAAGAGGCUUGGAAUGAUGCUCAACUGUGUCGCAGCAGAAAACCAUGCCUUGCGCCUUUCCUUGCAAACUAGGACGGCAUCUGAUGUUUCCAGGACCAAGCAGGAGUCUGCUGUGCUCUUUUUGGAAUCCCUGCUGUUGGGUUCCCUGCUUUGGUUCCUGGGAGUCAUGUGUCUGGUCAAUCUGCCAGAGCAUCUUCUACCAAAAAAAGAAGUUCCAUUGGGAAACAUGGACAACCAAAAUCAGGGAAUUCUGGCACCAAGAAAGACGGGAAGUAACAUCUUGAAACUUCAGUGUUUUCCAUCUUCAGUGAGGGGAAAGAGAUGCAAAGCUUCCAGGACAAGAAUGAAAUUGAGUUUUUCAUUUGCUCAGCAAGCUUUGAUGUGAACUCUAGUCUAAAGUUGGGCAGAGGAUGAUACUUUUCCCCUAUAUAACAUAUAAUAAAAGUAUUCCAUCCUCGUGGUAGUUUCUUAUAAGUGAAUUUGCAGACACCUUGGUUAUAUGUAUCGAAUUUAAGCGAUUAAGAAAUCAUACUAUUGUGGUGGGAUUAAUUA